CUUGAGUUAAUUUCCAUUCUGAGACAUUCUCUUUUCACUUGUGCAAUGAAGAGUAUUUUCCAUACGGUUUUUCUGGCACUUCUGAGUCUCACUUUGGCUCAGGAGGAGUUGAUGAAAUGCACGGAAUCGCGAAGAGCUUUUGCCAAUCCUAAAGAUUGUACGACAUAUUACGAGUGUUCUCUUGACGAACCGGAGGAGCCCAAACUGAAACAUUGCGUUCCUGGAAAGGUUUUCAAUCCCGAGAGAAAUUUGUGUGAUCAGCGUGAAAAUGUUGAUCUUCACGCUUGCACUGAUCCUCAGUUGACCACAACAGAAGCUGCUAUGAAGUCGGAAAAGUCGGAGAAUCACAGUGCAGAACCCGAAGGGAGUCAGGAAGCGACUCAAGCGGCUGCAGAGCCACAACACGCUCCUCCUGAAACAACAACAACAACAACCACCAAAAGACCAAAUGAAUCCACCAGACACACUAACUAUCCUGGAAACCAAGGAAAUCACCGAAGACGUGAUGGUGUGAUAGGAAAUAUGGCGAACGUAGUGAGAAAGUCAUAUGGUUUAUUAGGGAACAUUGCAAACGGUUUCUUCUCACUCUUCUAACAAAACCCAAAAUCGAAUAAAUUCCUUUUGAACUUGAAC